UAUGUAAUUUAGAAUUCCUAACAGAUUACGUACAAGUCAAGAAGCUAACGCUUAUAUUAUAAGAAAGGAUCCCAAAGCUUAUACUGUUUUGGCUUGUCUCUAAUAAAUAAGCAAUUACUUAAAAUGCCAGAGUACCAUGGUUCUUGUCUUUGCAAAGCUGUUCAGGUUUCUGCACAAGUAGAGAAGCCCGAACUCAGCACUUGUCAUUGCGAAAGCUGUCGCAAAUGGUGUACGGGACCUUUUAUGGCCUUUGAAGCUAAACAUGUUGACCUUGAACCUAAGGAAAAGGUGACCCAUUAUGCAUCUUCUGACAUAGCCAAACGAACAUUCUGCAAAAGUUGCGGUACUAGUUUAUCAUUCUAUUACAAUAAUAUGAAGCAAAUUUGUGUAAACCCUUGGAUUUUCGAGAAUGUUCAAGGCAUAACUUCUAAUGUUGAAGUAUGUUAUGAUAAUAAGCCUGAUUGCUACUCUUUUGCCAAUGACACCAAGAAAUACACAGAAGCUGAAACGAUGGCAAUGGUAGAUACAAUUCCUGAAUACCUACCAUAUCAAAACUAGAUACAUCCCUCGCAAUUUCAAUGGUUGUACCUUUAAUGGUGGAAAAAUCUACUAUCCUAUUUCACGUUGCUUUUUGAAAAGGAACUCGUUUUAAUUGAUACUUUAUUUAC